AUGCCCUUUCGGCUUUUCUUUGGCUACUGGGCCAGUGUGGUUAUUGGCCGGUGGCUUGGGGGUCUGCUAGGCUACAAGCCAUUCUUCAAAGAAUAUACGACGGAUUGGGAGUUUGCUGUAAACAAAAUGAAAAGUUCGUUCUGGACUCGGCGGUCAGUUGACGGUUUUUGGGCCGCGAAGGAGCGCUGGGAUAGAGAAGCAGACCUCUCUGCUGGACCCAACCCGACCAAUGCAGAGCUCCAAUAUCUGCUCGAGGAUGUCACAGCAGCUACAAGAGCUGCUAAGUCCAAGGCUGCAGAGAAGGGCUUGAAUACUAAUGGAUCCGUCCAAAUCAGUGAGCUAUCUAGAGCAGACGAGGAGACUGUUAUUGGUAUCUCUUCUGGGUUGAAAUCGGAAAUUGCUCAGGUCGACAUUUCCUUACUUCAUAUUCUUUCAAAAAAAAAUCAUAAACUUUUGCGAACUAGACUGCCAAGAAAAGAUUCUGAUAACAAACCGAGCAUCAAAGGCCUUUAG